AUUGUCAAAUUUUUUGUCAAAAAUUUAAUUCCAAAUUACCUUCAACAAAUUUAAGUGUUUCUUUUCAUUUCUAAAUUUUCGUUUGCGAAAUUAUUCUACAUCACAUCAAAAAUGGCAUGCGGAUAUAACUCAAAAUCAAAAAACAGAAAAUCAUUAUUGGAUGAUCUGAAAGCUCUAGUUUGCAAAUUAGACGGUUGUUCUCCCUCAUGUGCACCGUGUGGUCCAUGUGGACCGUGCGGUCCGUGUGUACCUAGUCCAGCGUGUUGUCCAGGAACUUGCCCACCAGCGACGCAAGCAGUGCCUGUUGGUUGUUGCGGACCGGUAUGUAUCCCGCCUGCCUGUGUUCCUCCAGUACUACCAAUCUGCACUCCAGUUCCACCUGCUAAUGUGCCUCUGUGUAACCCUAACCAAGGGCCUCAACCUUGUGUACCAUGCAAUCCUCCUCAGAUGAUGGUUGCUUAUAGAAUGCCUAAGUGUAUACCUUGUACCAGGUCAAAAUCCCGGGAACUUCGUGCUAGUAUUCUGUAUAUUGGUUGCGACUGUGAAAGAAAAAAUGGACUUCAAGAUGAUUGUCCCAGAGUGGAGUGUCAAGGAGCUCCAUGCUGUGUUAAUUGUCCUGAGCCCAGAUGCGGACCUAGUGCUUUUGCUAACGGUAAACAUUUAGGAAAAUCAGUUUGUGGUAUGGAAGAUCUAGAAAAAUACCAAUGUUAUCCAGCCUUCGUAAGACUUCCACCAUGCCCACCAUGCGGACCCUGCGCUCCUUGUGGACCAUCCCCACCAUGUGGUCCAUGCGCUCCUUGUGGACCAUGCCCACCUUGUGGCCCAUGCGCACCUUGUGGUCCAUGUGCACCUUGUGGCCCUUGUGCACCUUGCUGUCCACCUUGCUCACCUUGUCCGCCAUGCCCACCACCCCAGGUUCCAUUAGUUGCAGCUGCUCCACCUCCACCUUGCUGUCCACCACCGUGUCCACCUCCUGUACCUGUUGGAAAAGUCUGCCCAGUUUCACCAGCUGUUCCGAUUCCAGCCUGCCCUCCACCAGCACCUUGCGCACCUUUUGCUCCAUGUAUACCACCAUUUGCUUGUCCAUCCGGACCCUGCGCACCUUGUGGCCCAUGUGCACCUUGUGGCCCAUGCGCACCUUGUGGUCCAUGCGCACCAUUUGCUUGUCCGUCUCCGUGUCUACCGUGUCCGUGUUAAGUUGUAAGUUCACCGUGUCCAUAAAAUGGAAAUUGGUAUCUAUCUGUAAAAUUGUUUUCAAGAGUCCUUGUUAUUAUAUUGAAUAAAAAUGGUUUUAAAUCAA